AAAAAAAAAAAAAAAAAGCAACCGCCAUGGAAAUAAACCACCAGAGGAAGCUUUUGGUCAGGUUUCGUGGAGGCCGGAAUGAAAAUACGCGCUGACACCCCUAUUUCUGGGUCGAUCUUGACGUUUUUAGAGGACACACCGUCACCGGAGUCGGUUGACGCCGGGACCACGUCGCUACCGAAGAAUCUCUCUACACGUCCAUCUUCGUAUGCGCCAAAAAAAGGGAGGAAUUGAAAGACAAUUUGAUCGUAUGCUCCUGAACUCAUUCUUGGAGCAAAUUAAAUGAUGCAAAAAUGCAGAGACUAGUGAAUUUUCUGAGAUUCAAGAAUUAAUUUCCAUGAUUGGAACAAGAUAUUUUCACUUUCAGUAUUGUGGUAUUACUGAUAAUUUUGGUAAAUGUGAUCAAUGAUGUGAUCAAUGAUUGAUAAAAGUGGGGUCUUUUGGCUUAUUCAAUAUUACUGGUGAUGUUUGUUUGUUUGUUUAUGUAUUAGGUAGGGCAGUGGUGGGGUUAAGGGCAAAGUAAUCAAUAUCGUACCGGUAU